AUGGAUCCUGAAACAUCUGCAUUUGCAGAAAUGGGAAAACCGAUAGAAGAUGAAGCAUAUGCGUCCAAAAAAGAGACAAUUUUGACAAACGACUUAGGGUCCACAUUUACUAAUCCUUCCAAACGUAUUCAAUGGAUGUGGAAUUCGAAUACAGAUCCUUUUUCGAAAUCUGAGUCGAAGCAAUGGCAUCCUUACACUGAUGUAACAAACAUGAUUAUUGAAGAAGCAUUUAUAGCUGGAACUGAUCAACAUGAAGUGUUCAAUGAUGUAGCACAAAUAAAACAGCAACAUUCCAAUCAUGGUUUUUUUCGUUCUGAUCCUAAUUUUCGUGCUAAUCACUAUCCUGUAUAUGAGCGUACUUUUCAUAAUAAUCCUGCCUUUCGUCUUCUUCGUCGUGAUGAUCAUGAUACUAGUAUUGAUACUGUUAUUGGUGCUUUUGCUAGUCGUCUUGCUGAUCGUUAUGAUCGAUUUGGUCGUGAUAGUGAUUGGAAUGAUGAAUGA